UUCAAUUUUUUGUUGUUGAUUGACCAUUGGGAAAAUCGUGUUUUUAUCAGUGUGAUUUAUCGUGUCCUCGCGUAUGUACUGUGGAUCUGUGUUAGCUACUUGCAUCUUUAGUUAAAGUAUCGUAAAGUUUUCACAUUAUGUCGUGUCCUACUGUUUAAACAGACAAUCAACACUUGGUGAAUUUGUACAAUUUUUGUGUUUGCGAUUGAGAAAUAAGAAAUGAAAAUGAGGCUGGCGGGUACAAUAUUCACCAACGUCACGAAGAUGCUGGACUUUUAUUCCCAGUUCAACCCCUCUCCGCUGUCAAUAAAGCAGUUUAUCGACUUCGGUCUGAAUGCGUGCGAGAGGAAAUCCUACAUAUUCCUCCGGAAGGAGUUGCCUGUGAGAUUGGCGAAUAUAAUGAAAGAGAUCGCUCUACUACCCGAGAACCUGCUUCAGAUGCCGUCGGUGGGGCUCGUGAACCAGUGGUACGAGCGGUCCUUUGAGGAGAUCAUCGAGUUUGAGAAGAGAGAUCCGGAGCCACCGGUGUUGAGCGAAUUCUGCGAGCGUCUAGUCCACAUCCGCAACCGGCAUGCGGACGUGGUGCAGACGAUGGCGCAGGGUGUGCUGGAACUGAAGGAGUCCCAUGAGGUGGACCCCAACAUCGAGAACUCCAUACAGUACUUCCUCGACAGGUUCUAUAUGAGCCGGAUAUCUAUACGAAUGCUGAUCAACCAGCAUACGCUACUCUUCGGUGAGCAGCUCGGCGGGCGACAGGCUUCCGUCAACGGCAUGGGCAGCGGCGGCAGACAUAUCGGCUCCAUAGACCCGGCGUGCGACGUGCUGGCCGUGGUGCGCGACGCGUACGAGAACGCGCGGUUCCUCUGUGAUAGAUACUACCUGGCCAGCCCCGAGCUGGAGCUGCUGGAACAUGGACUGCCGAGUAAAGGCGCGAUGCCGAUAGUGUACGUGCCGUCCCACCUGUACCACAUGCUGUUCGAGCUGUUCAAGAACGCCAUGCGAGCGGUCAUGGAGGCGCACGGCAGCGCCCCGCCCCCAGUGACGGUGAACAUCGUGCGCGGACGAGAGGAUAUAUCGCUUAAGAUGUCGGACCUCGGCGGCGGCAUCCCGCGCAGCGCGUCGGAGCUGCUGUUCAAGUACAUGUACAGCACCGCGCCGCAGCCCUCGCGCUCCGGCGACCACACCGUGCCGCUCGCUGGUUACGGGUACGGGCUGCCGAUCUCGCGGCUGUACGCGCGGUACUUCCACGGCGAUCUCGUGCUCAUGUCGUGCGAGGGAUACGGCACCGACGCCGUUAUAUACCUUAAGGCGCUGUCAAACGAAGCAAACGAGCUGCUACCCAUCUUCAACCGGACGUCGUCGAAGUUCUACCGCACUGUCCCCUCCCCCGCGGACUGGUCGUGCCCGCGCCCCUCCCCCGCGCCCGCCAACACCACAUCAAGACCCCAAGCGAACCCCAUGUCGCGCAAGAUUUAGUGAAAAAAAAGAAAAAUGCCAAUACUCUAAAAAAACGAGUGGCAAAAACCUGUGUCUACUCGUAAAAAAAGUAAGUGUCAAAAAUCUAGUAUCCAGCUCUCGUU